AUGAUUAGCUCCAAUAUUUAUAAUAAAAAGGAUAGCUUGCUAUCUGAGGGUAAUAAUCCUUUAAAGGAGAAUGCAAUUGAAGACUUUCUCGAUUAGUAGUAAAAUUCUAACUAUUUAUAUUCCAAAAAAAGUGAUGAAGAAUUAAAAGAAGAUGAUGAUUUCGAGUGUUUAACAAAUAAAGAAUUCCAAAGGGCAAUGUAAAAGCUUAAAAAUAGGGGAAAUAAUGCAGUGCCCCCAAAGAAAUCUGCCUCGGCAUAUAUAUUAUUUGGAAAAGAUAAAAGAGGGGAGAUUUUGAAGAGAAAUCCUAAAACAAAAGUAACCGAAGUUGUCAAAGAGAUUGCCUAGUCGUGGUCUGUCUUGCCAAAGCAGGAAAAGCAAAAAUAUAAGGAAGCUUCAAAGCGAGACCGAGAAAGAUAUGAAAAGGAGUUAAGAACACUCGAGUCAUUUUCAACGAAUCUGAAAAAGCCUAAGAAAUUUGAAAAUAAUCCUGAAAUGGGGGCUCUUUAAGUAAUGUAGGAGAUAGGCAAACAAUGGUAGGCGAUGACUGAUGAUUAGAAAAAAUACUUUUCAAUCAAGGCGGAUAAGGACAAAGUAAGGUACCUAUGUGAGCAAAAAGCAUUUUAUGAUGAAGUGGAAAAAGUCGGAUAAACACUAGGUACUACGAUAAAUGAAGAAGGUCAAGUCACAAUAGCCAGUACUAAAUGUUAAUUAUAAAGACAUAAUAAAAAGAACAUUCUAAAUUAGGACCUUAAGUAACACCAAGGGGAAAUGUCUAUACUCUAGAAAAGGAAUUCAAGUGAUGUAACUAGCUAGACUUAAAAACUAGGCAACAUAACUAAGAGGCAAAAAACAGGCAUUAUUUGCUAAGGUUCUGCCAAAAAACUUAAGGACAUUAAAGGAUUCAAUUCAGCACCUUAAUAAGAAGAUUAAGAUGUCGAUUCUUGUGCUAAAUAUCAAAUAGGCUGCUAGAAAACCUAAAUUAUUAGAACUAUUUCGCUUGUUAAUGAAAAUAAACCUAGACGCCCUAAGACAGCAUAGAUUUACUUCUAAGAGGAGUUUCGAGAGACCAUAAAAAGGAGACUUCCUUUCUUGACUGAGGCUUAGAUAACAGGAGCAAUCAAUUUCAGAUGGGAAAACUUGUCUCAAAAUGAGAAAUAGCCAUUCGAGGAAAUAAGCGAACAAGAUAAGAUACGAUUCGAAGGGGAGUGUGCAAUGUAUAAAUAGAGUAAGUUCCAAGGAAAGUCUGUUAUCCUGAAACUCUCACACAAGAAUCAACCUGAUACUCUUAAUGCCAUUCAAAUCAACGAUGAUCUUCUUGUUUUUCUUGAGAUCAAGCAGAAAUCCAUAGACAAUGAUAAGUCUGAUGUAACCUAGAAUUCUGUCAUUUCAGGUGAUUCACUGCCUGAAAAGGAUCUGUAAGUGGAGAUAGAAUGCUCUCAAACAGAUUUGGAAUAAAUCGAGGAGAAGUAGGAUUAUGAUGAGCAGGAAUCAUAUGGAAAUGAAAUAGGAGAUGAAAAUCAGGAAUAAGAUUCUGAAAACGGAGAAAAUCUAGGGUUUCCAAAACGUUCAUCUAGUAUCCUCUAGAUCAAAGAUUCGAGUACUAAUGGAAAUGGAAAUUUCAAAAUUAUCAUUGGAAAUAACAUUGAAGAUGUCUCUAACUCUGCAAAACUUGAGCAGAGUAAGGUUGAGAGGGAGGAGGUCAUAGUAUAAGGUAUGCCAUAAUUGAUCGCUAACAAACCUUCAACCACAAAUGAGAGCUCCCAUUAACAAUUGUAACUAACAUCACCCCAUUAAUAGCUUCUCUAAAACUACCAGGUGGUUUCAGGACCAUUUAACUCAGGUCAAUAUAUCCAGCAACUAUAAGAUGGUUAGUAAAUCAUUGUCUCGGGCAAUGAUCUUCCUCAGUAGAGCUAAACGGGCAUAAUGGAAAGAUAAAUUAUUUUAGAUCCAUCUUAGAAUAUUUACUAAAAUCAGCAAGCUUUAAUAUACCAUCAGAAUUAAAGCUAAUAUUCAAAUUUAAUGCAAAUUGGUCCUAAGAUUUAAUUUUAGCCUGGUAACUUUAUAGAGGAACAACUUUAACCCUAACUUACUUAUAUAAUUUAACAGCAAGGUAUUCCCCAGAGUUAUAGUGGUACAAUCAUGAGUACCACUGAUGGUAGCAGUGUUUCUGGCCAGUAAUCUCAGGGACCUAACCAAAGCUAAGUGAAAAAUCCUUAAAUUUUUCAAAGGGGACCUCAAUUUCAAGGAAAUUAGCAUAGCGGGUAUGUUAUUCAGGACAUGGGAGGAUAGUUCAACUAUCUCUAAGGAAAAUAAUCUCAAAUCAUUAUGAAUCCAAAUUAGACGGGGAUCUAAAUGAUUUCACCUUUUGGUCAGAUGGAAUAUUAGCCAUACCAGAAUUAACACCAGCAAUUUAUAGGUCUCUAGAGCAAUAAUCAAAUAUAGUAAUACAAUGAAUAAUUGAUGGCUUAGCCAGGACUAGGGUUGAGUUCACAAUAAAUUUUACCAACUCAAUUCUAAUUAUAGCAUUAACUUUAACUCCAGCAGCAACUUCAAGGGUUACAACCCCCUUACAGCUUACAGUAAUAUAAUUAAGGAUAUCAAUUAAACUUGGCAGGAAUGCCAAAUGUUUAAGGAAUAUACUAAGAAAACCUAACACCAAGUGCAGGUAUGCAUUAAGACUCACCUGUGCAAACUGAUUUUAAUUUGCAGGGACAAAGACAAAUGGCGGCUACAUAGUCAGCCACUUUUGCCCGAAACAGCAAUCAUACUCCUUAUAGAUGA